AUGGAUGAACCGGAACAUGCGACCUCGAUGGAGUCUGUUAUGCGGGAUGUGGCAGAAUCAGCCAUGACGAGUACUCUGGAAUCCACGAUCGAAUCAUUGCUUGAUUCACGCUCUUCAGUCAUGCAACAAACGCUUUCCAGUAGUCUCUGGUUUGACUCCGUUCACGAAGCACUCCGCAAGACGGCUCGAGUUGCGUUGCGCGAUGCUGUCUGGGCUUUAAUGGUUAAAACCCUCAAGUCAGCCAACGAUGCCGAUAUCGAAGUCCAACAGCCAUACCUACCCAUACUAUCGUCUGACCCCCAAGUAGUCGAGUCAACUAUCCCUAUCAAACAAGACAGUCAGCAAGUCUCCCAACCACCGAAUACAGACAAGAAUCCUGUUGUCGGAGCAAGAAAAUGGCGUGUAGGAGGCAUCCUAGAUAAAUUCUUUGUGACAGGAGCGGACGCGAUCGCAGACAACUCAUACGACACAGCAAUUUGCUCUGCCUGGGGGAUGUCAGGGGGGCUUGGAGGGGACGCGCAGACUUAUGAGGAAUGGGUCGCCUCUUGGGACGAGCUCUGGUCGACGGUGCGGGAGCAUGCGCGUAACGAAGGACAAGCAGUGUUGAGAGAUAUCGCAUUGACAGAGGCCCCUGAUACCGGAAGGGACGAGGUCUGGCGAGUGGUAUGGGAAGAUUUGGAUGCUGGGUUUGAAGCUUCACGACCAAUAGUUCGGGACUAUAUGUGGGAAACGUUUGAGUACGCAACAAAGACGGUCGUAGAUGUCGUGUCCGACGUCGUCUUCUCUGCUAUACAAGAGACGUCGCACCAUACGCUAAAUGUAUCUUUAAACCAAACGAAGCGAAAAGGAGAGGCUCACUGGAGCGAAGUGACCCAUUCCGAGUUGCAAGCAUGGAUCAAGAGUCGUAUUCAGAAACAUGGCGAACAGAUGCUUCGAUUGGGCUCAAAAGGGGUGCACAACGAUAUCAAAGAAGCAAUGGCUCGCAUUUGGGAGCAGGUAUCCGGAGCGAGCCUGCCAACUGAUUCAACAAGGUCAACUUGA